AUGGUGAAAAUUUUUCCUGUAGUGUACAAUCGAGGUGAGUGCCUGCCUUCCUCACUUGCGGCCCAUGACUGGCAUCAGGAAUUUAAUUGUCAGCCUGUAGUGUUAUCGAAAGGACUGCAUUUCCUUCUUCGAGCCCAUGACUGGCAUCAGGAUUAUCAUAGUCAGCCUGUAGUGUACAAUCGAGGUGAGUGCCUGCCUUCCUCACUUGCGGCCCAUGACUGGCAUCAGGAAUUUAAUUGUCAGCCUGUAGUGUUAUCGAAAGGACUGCAUUUCCUUCUUCGAGCCCAUGACUGGCAUCAGGAUUAUCAUAGUCAGCCUGUAGUGUACAAUCGAGGUGAGUGCCUGCCUUCCUCACUUGCGGCCCAUGACUGGCAUCAGGAAUUUAAUUGUCAGCCUGUAGUGUUAUCGAAAGGACUGCAUUUCCUUCUUCGAGCCCAUGACUGGCAUCAGGAUUAUCAUAGUCAGCCUGUAGUUUACAAUCGAAUUGAGAGCCUUCCUCACUUUCGACCUACGACUGGCAUCAGGAAUUUAAUUGUCAGCUUUCACAAAUAUUUUCAUUCACCAGCCUGUAGUGUUCCGUCGAAGGUACUCCGUUUCUCGCUUCCAGCCAACGACCGGCAUCAGGACUUUAAUUGUCAGCACGAUCUUCAAGUCGCCAUUCACUUCCGCUCCGAGAUGUCUUCCAGCUUACUUCUAACUUCCUACGGCAUCAGGACACUCAUUGCUCAACCUGCUAAAGACUUAUUAGUUGUGGUGUCCGACGGUUUUCAGCCAAUUUGUGCUGGUCUUGGUAUAGAGGUUAGCAUUUUGGCUUUUAACAGUCACAAUUGCGAUAAAAAUCCCGAUCAAGUCAGCAUCAAGUUGAGCGCAAAUGAAAAUAAUUGCAUAAUUGUUGACAUUUUUGGGGGUCAGUCAUUGGGUUAUUUUGCUGAUUUGAAAAUGCCACCGCGUCGCGAAUUAACUCGAGAGGAAAAAGAUGAGAAGAAUAGGAAGGCUAGGGAAAAAAGAAGUAACGAAGACCCGGAGGCUAAGGAAGUGCGAUUGGCGGCUAAUAGGGAAAGGGCCAAGAUCGCUCGUGAAGAGAAGCGACGUCGGCUCAAUCCCGAAGAAGUUCAGGUUGCAAAAAAUUUGAAUGCGAAAAAGGCUAGGGAAGAGCGUCAGGCAGAGGCACCUGACGAGAGAGCGUUGAGGCAGAGGUUAGAUGCUGAGCGGAAGAGAGUCGCCCGUGCUAACGAGACUCAGGUUGAACAUGAAGCUAGACUGCAUGAUCAGCGAAUCCGUCAGCAACUCCUUCGACAGGAACAAGCGGAAGAAGAAAAUCGUGCUCGACUGUUAGCCGAGGCGGAGCGGCAAGCAGUUUUUCGUCAAGAAGAAGAAAAUCGUGCGCGACUGUUAGCCGAGGUGGAGCGGCAAGCAGUUCUUCGUCAAGAAGAAGAAAAUCGUGCGCGACUGUUAGCCGAGGCGGAGCGGCAAGCAGAUCUUCGUCAAGAUGAACAAAUUCGAGCUCGAUUGCAAGCCGAGGCAGAGCGGCAAGCUGCUCUUCGUCAACAAGAAGCAGCAAUUAUUCUACGAGCGAUGAAUCAGAGACCUGCAUGUGAUCGCCCAAGAGUUGUUCUUGCUAAUGAUGCUGUGGCAGAGCGUCCAGCAAGACAACAACAUCAGGCAAGAAAGAGAGCUGCUGACGACACCGAAACUGCUGAAGAACAACGAGCUAGGUUGCAAGCCCAGGCAUUGCGGAAGAAAUUUCUGCGGAGAGAUGAAUCGGAAGCAGAGAGAUCAGCAAGACUUCAAGAUCAGGCAUUGAGGCAAAAAUCUCUGCGGAACGAGGAAUCUGAAGCAGAGAGAUCUUCUAGACUUUGUGAGCAGGCCUUGCGUCAAAAUUCUUUGCGGAAAGAGGAAUCUGAAGCAGAGAAGUGGGCUAGACAACGAGCGCAGGCGCUACGCCAAAAAACUCUGCGGAAUGAGCAAAUUGAAGCAGAGAAAUUGGCAAGACUCCGGGAACAGACCUUGCAGCAAAAUUCUCUGCGGAAAGAAGAAUCCGAAGCAGAAAAAUGGGCAAGACAGCGGGCACAGGCACUACGACAGAAAUCUCUACGGGAUAAGGAACUUGUAGCAGAGAGGCUUGCUCGACUUGGCGAUAAGUCAUUACGCCAGGAAGCUGUACGUUGCAGAGCAACAGGAGAAGAAAGAUUGGAGCGUGCUAUGGCUGAUAGAUUUUUUCACGAAGUAAAUCUCCUCAACGAAACUGAGCAGGAAGCUGCAGAACGACGUGAGCAGCACACAGAAGUCAUGACUGAUUAUAGAGCGACUGAAAAUGAGGAAGAAACAGCUGAUAGGCGUGAAGAGGAUAGGUUGCGAACAGAGCUACAGCGAGAACAUCAAUUUGAACGAGAGCGAGAAGAGGAAGAACUGCGAGCAAGAAAUGCGCUUCAACACGCCGAAAUUGUUCCCGUUGAAACCGCAGACCACGAAGCUUUUCUUCGUGAGAUGCACCUUGAUCGCAACCGUGCUGGAAAUCGGCGAACGCAUCGGAUAGCUUGCAAAGACAUUGUUGUAGAGGAUCGGGUUCAUUUGCUUGACAUUGGAGAUUUGACCAAGAUUUGUGCUGAGUGUGACGCCAAACACUUUGAAAAAGAGAUGCCAAAAGAUCAAAAGUUUCAGCGAUGCUGCGGAAAGGGAAAAGUAAUUAUUCCACCACCAAAGCCAUGUCCGCAACCCUUGGCCAGUCUCUUGCAAAAUCAGCAUCGAAAGUCCAAGCAAUUCAUGAAGCAAAUUCGAAACUACAACAGUGCUCACGCUUUUGCUUCGCUUGGAGCAAACCAAUCUCCACCACCAAACCGAGGCCCCUACUGCUAUCGAAUUCAUGGCCAGAUUUACCAUCAAAUCACUCCGCUUGGUCCAACACCAAAUCCCAGAUAUGCAGAUCUGUAUUUUUUGGACUCGGCGCAGGCCACUGAUUAUAGGGCAAAUAUCCAGGCAAUGUCGGGUUGUUGUAGAAUAUUGAUGGAAGAAUUGGACGCUAUGCUUCGAGAGAAGAAUCCGUACGCCUUGGUUUACAAGAUGAUGCGCCAAGUUCUUGAAGAAGAAUACGUUCAACGCCAGGCCGCAAAUCUUCCUCACUACACUGUCGGCAUGAUCAUCACUUGUGAUAGAAGAAAUGUCGACCAGCGGCGCUACAACUGCCCGACGGCCCACGAGAUAGCAGUAGUAUUCAAAAGCUCUGAUGGAGCUCCGCCAUCCAACAGAGAUAUUCGUGGCCAUCUCUAUAUUCCCGUCAGAGGCCGACGUUUCAUCCAGAUUAACACACAGAAGCCCAUGUGUGAUCCGAUGUGUUAUCCUCUGCUAUUCCCCAACGGUGAAGAUGGUUGGCAUGCUCACAUGAAUUAUAACACCACCAGUCGGAGGGAAAGAGAUGAAGCAGCAGCAAUGGCAAUGAUUGUUGAUGAGGAUGAAGACGAGCAGAUUGAUCCCCUGUGGCCCAACCCCAGAGUGUUAAUUCGUGAAGAAGUCGCCGCAGCAGAUGGCAAUGCUGAGAUUGAAAAUGAGCGAAAUGUAGAACCGGAACCAGCCGAAGCAGACGAGAACGAUGAUCAACAACCAAACAGGAACAGAGGCCCACGCUCAAGAGUGACGCAAGCCGAGUUCUACAGUUCAAUCAUGUCAAUCCGCGGUGAUUUCAAUAUCGUUUUGUCCGGGGGUGCCCUCACUCAGCAAUAUUUUGUCGAUUCUUACGUCAAGACCGAGGGGAAUCGCAUAGAUUGGCUCAGAAAACACCAGACAGAGCUGCAUGUUGAGCGCUACUGCGGUCUGAUGGAUUACAUCAACAAUCGAGCGGAAAGAGAAAAUGUGGAAGUUGGCACUAUCUACAUUCUCCCUUCGUCCUUCAUUGGCAGUCCUCGAGCCAUGAAGCAAAAUUAUCAAGACGCGAUGGCAAUUGUUGCCAAAUUUGGAAAACCAACUUUUUUUUUAACGUUUACUUGCAAUCCCAAGUGGAGAGAAAUUACGGCAAAUAUUGCGAACUAUCAGACAGCUUCUGAUCGUCCCGAUAUGGUCGCACGAGUCUUCCACUUGAAGAAAAAAGAGUUGGUCGACGACAUCGAGAAAAAGCAAGUUUUGGGUUUCGCCACAGCUCAUAUCGAAGUCAUCGAAUUUCAAAAACGCGGUCUUCCUCAUUGCCACAUGCUGAUCUGGAUCGAUAAGAGAGAUGCCCCUUUAUCACCAGAAGAUAUGGACAAGACCAUUUGUGCGGAAAUUCCCGACAAGUCCCUCCAUCCAAGACUCUACGCCGCUGUUAUGGCUCACAUGAUCCACGGCCCGUGUGGAGCCAUCAACAAAAAGUCUCCUUGCAUGGAUGUUGAAGGGUGCACCAAAAAGUUUCCGAAAGAUUUCAUCGCAGGAACCAUCAUCAACGACAACGGCUAUCCGACUUAUAGAAGAAGAGACACUGGAGUUAAACAUCCGUUGAAAAGAGGGAAUGUCGUCUAUGAAGUAGACAACAGAUGGGUUGUGCCUUAUAACCCUUGGUUGCUGCUGAAAUAUGACUGUCACAUAAACCUCGAAUCCUGCGCUUCACUCACCAGUGUCAAAUACAUCUUUAAGUACGUGUACAAAGGCCAUGACAGCGGAAACAUUGAGACAAAAAAGGGAACGCAUCAGCAAGUUGAAGGUGAAGAUGAGCCGACAUUCGUGUGGGACGAAAUCACUACUUUUUUGGACACGCGUUACGUCAGCGCACCAGAAGCCGCCUGGAGAAUCAAUAAGUUUCCCCUCAGCAAUCGUUCCCAUGUCAUCUUCCGACUUGCCGUACAUCUUCCAUUGGAACAGUCCGUCUUUUUUCACCCGGGCAACGAGGAACAAGCAGUCGCCAACGCCGCUUUGAAAGAAACGACUUUAACUGCUUUUUUCAUCUUGAACCGGGAUAAUGAAGAAGCGAGGCAGUAUUUUUACAGAGAGAUUGUCAACCAUUUUGCUUUCGUCAAGGUUGGUGGCCGUAAUUUCUGGAAGCGACGAGUUCAAAAUCUCAAAAUCAUUGGCCGAUUGUACACGGUGAGUGUCCGUCAAAUUGAGCGAUUCUGCCUGCGCUUGCUCCUCAUUAACGUCAAAGGACCGACCAGUUUUGAAAAUCUUCGAACAGUCAACGGUGUAAUUUUACCGACGUUUAAAGCAGCCGCCGCUGCCUUAAAUUUGUUGGAAGAUGACAGCGUUUGGGAGAGGACACUGGACGAUGCGGCCGCCUUUGAAAUGCCAGAACGAUUGCGACAGCUUUUUGUUGACAUUUGUCUGUUUUGCAAUCCUACGGAUGCUCUUUAUCUCUUUGAGCGAUCUUUGCCUCAGCUAAUGGAAGAUUUUAUUCGUAAUGGUCACGACGCCGAAAUAGCAAAAAACUUGACUUUGAAAUUUAUUCAAGACAAGCUACUUCUCAACAAUCAAACGAUGGAAAAUCUCUCAUUGCCUGUUCCUGAUUUUCAGCUUAUUCAUCGUCUUAUCGCGGCUCAACUCGAAGAAAAUGCUGAAAUUUCUAUGAGAGAGAAGAGAAGAUUAGGUGAAUUGAUGGUUAGUCAGUUGAACGAAGGUCAACGGGCUGCCUUCGAUCAAGUCAUGGCUGCCGUCAACGAUACUGAAAAUGCAAUUCCGCAUCAGUAUUUCUUGGAUGGCCCUGGAGGAACGGGGAAGACGUUCCUGUACAACACUCUCAUCACCGUACUGCAGGGACAAGGGAAAACAGUGAUCGCCGUUGCGUCUACCGGCAUCGCUUCUACGUUGUUGAUUGACGGCACAACGUAUCAUUCCCAAUUCAAGAUUUACCCUCCAAUCACUGAAGCGACCAGAUCAAAAAUCGAAGAUGGUAGCUUCCUCGCCCAUUUGAUCAGAAGUGCAGUUCUCAUCAUUUCUGACGAAGCCACCAUGAAGACAAAUCACGCCCUUAGUGCUUUCAAUUUCCUGUUCCAAAAGUUGCACAAGAACAAUCUUCCUCACGGUGGUAAAGUGCUCCUUCUUGGUGGCGAUUUUCGUCAGUGUUUACCGGUCGUCCGACACGGAAACAGGGUGACAGUGCUGGAAGUCACUAUCCGAAACAAUGACACUUGGCCUCAGUUUCAACAACUUCGUCUGACUCAAAAUAUGCGUACCGUGGCCGGCAGUCAAGACUACGCCGAUUGGCUCAUUCAGCUUGGAAACGGAACUCUACCGACGCAUCCAAAAUUGAACAUCCCCGAUAUGAUUGAAAUUCCUAAAGAAUUUUUCAAUUAUAACCGGAGUUUAGUCGAGCACGUCUUUGGUGAUCCUGCUCAACUGUUAGAUCCUGUCGUAUCUCAACAAAUAUGCAGUCGCGCUAUUCUUUGUCCGAAAAACGGCGAUUGCUUACGAAUCAACAAUCAGAUCAUCAAAGACAUGCCCGGUACGCUUCAUGAGUACAGAAGCAUCGAUACCAUCGACUCUGACGACCCUGAAGAAAUUUCAAAUUACCCAACCGAAGUUCUCAACUCCUUUGACGUCUCCGGAAUUCCCACCCAUUUGCUGAAAAUGAAAGUGGGAGCCGUCAUCAUUCUUCUGAAGAAUAUCGAUUCGCGUCAGGGACUUUGCAAUGGGACCCGGCUCAUCAUCAGGGCGCUUAGAGAAAAUCUGAUCGUUGCAGAAAUUGCUGCUGGAAAAAACAAGGGGCACAUCGUCUACAUCCCGCGGAUGAUGAUGUCCCCAACUGAUUCGGAUCUUCCAGUCAUCCUCAAGAGGCUCCAGUUUCCCGUUUUGUUGGCGUUUGCGAUGACCAUCACAAAGUCACAGGGCCAAACGUUUGAUCGGGUCGGAAUAUUACUUCCAGAACCCGUCUUCAGUCAUGGCCAGCUGUAUGUGGCCUUCUCCAGAGCUACAUCGAAAGACGGAGUCCGAGUCGAGAUUGCUGAGUCUGGGAAACAAGGCAAGCUUCUCAAAAAUCAUCCGACAGCCACCGAAGAAGAAAAGAAAAAGGUGUUUACUUUAAAUGUUGUCUUUAAAGAAGUUUUAUUGUAA